AUGGCGCUACAUGGAGAUUCUUGCGGCGAGUUUGACACCAAGUCUCCGGCGGACAAGUUAUUUACAUCUUUCACCGGCGACAUAAACAGCACUUUUGACAUAAUAUCGAAUGAGAAGAUCACUGAGUAUGUGGGUUGGGAGAAAAGAACAGUGACGCUAAGUAUGAGUGGUAAUCUUGUCUCGGAUAGCUACAAGAAGUUUAAAGCAACCAUCACGAUCACUCCCAAGGCAUUCGAGGCUGAUGGUAGCCGCGUGUUGUGGACUGUCGAGUUUGAGAAGAUUCGUCAUGACGUCGAAGAUCCAGUGUGGAUCAUUGACAGUCUUAUCAAUUACUUAAAGGAGAUUGAUGGAAUCUUAAUAUAUAGCCUUUUCUAA